CAUCGCUUUAGCGAUACCCAUCAGGAGGCAGUAUAUCUCCGGCGCAGUGUGUGUGGCGAGCCGGAGCUGCGCGGAGCACCUUUGUCUCUCUCUCAGAGCUUCACUUUAACAGGGCGCGGGGUUCAAGUUGUUGAGACGGAGGGGAACCGCUUUGAAGAAGUGGAUCUGGACGGGUUUAAUACACCCUCCCUCUCUAGAACUACUACAAAGGGAGUGAACGGAGAGAGUUCCGCUGCGUAAACCGACACCGACCAUCGCGCCGCUCGCUCUCCUAGGCGUCAAGAAAGAAAGCAUGCGGGAAAACACAAGGAGCUGAGUCUUUCUUUGGAAAAUGUGGGAUUUGUUGGCCUCGUUUUGAAAUGGUGCUCUUGUGAAACCAAGCGCUGUGUGCGUUUGCAUGCGUUUUUGGACGCGCUGACCGCCGUGAGCGUUACGCACUGACUCGCCAGAGGAGCCGUUGUGUGCAUCUGGAGCCUCGCUGUCCAAUCAGAACCCUCGCUUCUCAUCCAAUCAGAACCUGCGUUAUAAAAGGAGUGGGAGCAGUGAAAUGGGGUGUGCAAAAGUUUUCCUCGUGAUGUUCGUGAUCGGCUUUGAAAAGGGGAUUUGCGUCAACUGGAACCCCAUCCCACGGAAGACCGUUAAAUAUAAUGAUGUGCACGACAGUAUGGCGAGGUUUCGCGCCGUCGGGGUGUGGAACUACACCAUGUUGACCCUGGCGGAGCAUGAGCGGGUUUUGUACGUUGGAGCCAGAGAGCACAUCUUUGCCUUGGAUCCCAACGACAUCAGCAGACAGCUCCGACCACAGAUUGAGUGGUCUGCUCCGGCGGAAAAGAAAAGAGAGUGCUCAGCGAAGGGGAAGAAUAACCAGACUGAGUGCUUCAACUACAUUCGAUUCCUGCAGAGCUACAACCACACACUCCUGUACACAUGCGGCACAUACGCCUUCCAGCCCAAAUGCACCUAUAUCAAUGCAGAUCAUUUUACUCUGGAUAGCGCCGCCCUGGAGGAUGGCAAGGGAAAGUGCCCUUACGACCCCGCCAAGGGUCACACAGGCCUCAUUGUGGACAAAGAGUUGUACUCCGCCACCCUCAAUAACUUUCUGGGCACAGAGCCCGUAAUCCUGAGGAACCUGGGACAGCAGCAUUACAGCAUGAAGAGUGAAUACCUGCCGGCGUGGCUCAACGAGCCAAACUUUGUGGGUUCGGCGCUGGUCCGGGAGAGCCGCAGCAGUAAAGAUGGAGACGACGAUAAGAUCUACUUCUUCUUUAGCGAGAGAGCAGUGGAGCUGGACUGCGACAGCGACCUGACUGUGGCGCGGGUGGCACGUGUGUGUAAGGGAGACCUGGGCGGCACACGGACCCUGCAGAAGAAGUGGACCACCUUCCAGAAAGCUCGGCUGAUGUGUUCUUUCCCCGAGCGCCACAUCACCUUCAAUAACCUUCGUGCCGUCUUCACCUUGCCCGGGGCGGACUGGAGGAGCACCAGCUUCUACGGCAUCUUCCACGCUCAGUGGGGGGACGUGGACGUGUCUGCUGUGUGUCAGUACCAGAUCGGAGAGGUGAAAAACGUGUUCGACGGGCCGUAUAAGGAAUACAGGGAGUCGUCUCAGCGCUGGGGCCGAUAUACUGGCACCGUUCCCAGCCCUCGACCCGGAGCGUGCAUCACAAACUUUGACAGGGAAAACGGCUACAACAGUUCUCUGCAGCUGCCUGACGCCACGCUAAACUUUGCCAAGAAGCAUCCGCUGAUGGAGGACCGGGCAGAAGCUCGCCCCCUGCUGCUUACUAAAGGGAUCAACUUCACCCGACUAGCAGUGGACAGAGUGAGCUCGCUGGACCAGAGACCCUACAACAUGCUCUUCAUAGGCACAGCGGAUGGAUGGCUCCAGCGUGUGGUGAUUCUGGGUUCAGAAGCUCAUGUGAUAGAAGAGAUCCAGCUGUUUGAUCGGCAGCAACCGGUGGACAGCCUCACCAUCUCACACAGCAAAAAGUAUUUGUACAUUGGCUCCCGCUCGGAGGUUCUUCAGCUGCCCUUGGCAAACUGCAGCCGCUACCAUUCACAGCCAGACUGCCUUCUGUCCCGAGAUCCAUACUGCGCCUGGGACAGCGAGGGACGCGCUUGUGUCCGCAUCGACCUCCACCGCGGCUCCACAUCCACACUCUCGCAGGACCUCAUGCUGGAGAGGUUCAGCCGAGGAAAAGCCAAGUUUGAUAAGCCUUUCUCCAUCCCCAGUCCAGAUCAUUCUAGGUUGCGAAAUGUGACUGUGGUUGUUGGGUCGGAUCUGGUUUUGCCCUGCCAUCUGGUUUCCAACUUGGCCCAGCCUUUCUGGGAGCUCAAUGAACGUGAGCUCGCCCUGGUGGAAGGUGAGGCCCCGGGGCCCCGAUUCGCGAGCCUCCGUGCCCUCGUCAUCCCCCAAGCCGGGCCCCUUCAAGCGGGCCGCUACAUCUGCUACUCGGAGGAGCAAGGCGUGAAGUUCCAGACGGAAAGGUACCAGGUGGCGGUGGUAGCCAGCGCACCUGUCUUCAUGGAGGCCCGCGCUCCGGAUGGAAGCAUGGGUUUGUUCUGGGUCCUGGUGAUCACUUUGGGAGCUGCUUGUCUGUUGCUGCUCAUUGCAUCUUUGUAUCUUCGUAGAAGAUUAAAGUUGGCGCUGGGAAAAGGUGCGGAAAUGAAGCCGCUGGAGAGCACUUUGGUGUACCCCAUUACUUUACCCAAAGAGCCUCCGAGUCGCCCGUCAUUCGUGCCGAGCAAGAUGGCAAACGACGAAGAUCGCUUUUGGGAAACAGGGGCGAAUUAUUACUACUCAGACGGCUCCCUAAAAAUCGUGCCUGGGCAUGCAUUGUGCUCCACCGGAAGCUCGGCAUCCCCGAGCACGAUUCCCGGUCAGCCCAUUCACUCGCCGAGCAGGUUAAGCCUCACCAACAUCCGGAGCUCAAGCGCCAACGGAUACAUCCGGCUCAAUCUGGGCACGGCCGGAGACGAGAGAUCCAGCAUCCAGGGAAUCGGGAUAGGCGGCCGAGAGAGCGACUACUCCAGUCCAUUCAAAGAGGAGCUCCGGAAAACUCUGCAGCAGAGGAGCGUGCUUCCCGACGCCAAUCCCGAGGAGUCUUCUGUGUAAAUCUCGCAGGAAGACCGCAGAAAACCUCACCUACCUCCCUCCUGCUUGGGGAACUCUCUUCAUCCGCAAACUCUUUCUUCUCUGUCAGCACUUCCAUCUCCUGUGCCAUAAGGCCACCGUGCUUCACGACAUUCCCUUGGAUUAUUCUGGUUCUCGCACUACUAACAUUUGUCUGAGACUGAACAGAGCUUUUGUAAAUGUCUGUAUUUGAAGGACCGGAGCGACAGGGCCUCGUGUUGAUCUUGGCUAAACCACAGGUACAUCUCUGAGAGGAACCCAACCAGCCAAAUGUAGCCGUCAGUCUGAUCUGCGCAGGGCAGGCGUCUGAUAACAGAUCCCUAUCAUUUGGCAAGAGGAUGCCAGGAUGAGUUUAUUUUUGACGUCGUGAGGUUGCUCGCCUCAGGUGUUUGAACACGUUUUUUUGCACCCUUAGAGAGAGGAGACGAGGACAUGCAUAAACUCAAACCGCUUGAUGACAAUCACGCUCGAGGAACGCAGAGGAGAAAUGAUAAAAAAACAAAACACAACCGAGUGAGCUGUAAAACCGAAACAGGACUGAUGCUUUGCCUUUCUUUCUUCGCAGCUCAAUAACUUUUUUAAAACAUUAGUAAGUCUUUUUUCUGAGAAUGUGUUCUGAGACUAAUAUAUUGUGGGGUUUUUCCAUGUCUGUUUAUUGCAAGGAUUUCUUCUUCUACUUCUUCUUUUUUUACGAUUGAUAGUUUCAUCUAAAAUGUGAAAGGAUUAUCAGUGCUAGUAGCAUGCAACAGAAUGUUGUACUAAGACUGUGUUGGAUGUGACAGCAAGUGCAUUACUGUAUAUAUUUGGCUUGAGCUGCCAAAUGAAGUACAACCCCGGUGUUUGCCUACAUGAUAAAGCAGGUGAAUGAAGCCACAUGAAGGAAUGAAACCUUCCUUCUGGACUAGUAUAGAAGACUCUGCCCACGUUAUGAAGCCGAAUUGUUCUGCGUGAAAGGGAUCCUUUACAGACUACAAGGAGCUGGACUUUUUAAAGAAGUCCAGAAUGAAUGGCAGAGGCUACGGCUGAUUAAACACAGUGUGGGCUUUGCAACUCUUAAAGACUAAAUACAAAAACAGGGUCAAAAAAGAAAGUAGAGGACAUUUCGUUCCGUUGACUUUGAUUGUGAAGACAAAUGAAGGAGAUUUUCCAUUUUUUUCGUGACCCUGCGGGUGGAGAGGCACUACGAUGCUCAUCACGGAUCCAUACUUUGUUGCAUGAUGUUCUGCAAAAUGUAUUGUAUCAGUUUCAACGACAAAACAAUAGUCUCAUGUAUUUCAGAAAAGGAAGAAAAACCAAGUUUUCGUACCUGUGCCUCUUCACCUCGGGUGAAGCCAAAGCAGACUGCAGACAUGUUUCUUCCGUUCCCUGUUUUUCGUUUCUUUUUAUUCUCUGUUUUUAUGUUCUGGAAUUUGUCCAUUGCACAGAACUCAAGUGUUGUCUGAAAUCUUUGUUACUACUACUACUCUUGUUUUGGUGGAAUGCUAUUCUUUGUGGCAUGAGAGCUUUACGAUUUUCUCAAGCGGCUUUCCAUUCUGUCAUUGGCUCUUUUCUAGUCUACAAUCUAGUGUGCGCCGCACUGCAGAAGAGGGAAGUUUACACUUGUCAGAAAAGAUCUUUGUACUAAAAAGACCGUCGAGAAAUGUCAGAUUAACGAGGACCCAAUCCUUUCUGCCAGGACUUCUCAGGGUGGGCUUCUGACUCUCUUGAAAUUGUGAAAUUUCACCGUUCUUAAUUUCAUUAAUCGCUUUGAUAAGCCUGUCUAAUGACUUAAAGUCAGACAUAAUUUCACUGAGUGACCAGAAGUGUUGCAUAUGCUUGUUUGCAUCAUGCAUGGCUUUUUUGUACUGACCGGUAUUUCCUGCUUGAUUAGAAAAAAGAAAAAAAAGAAAAAUACGGUCAUCUCAGUUCAUCUCACAUGGCUUUAAACCUGCUGUUACUUUGUGAGUUUUUGUAUUUACGAAAUUCUCUUUUCUUGCAAUUCAAGAUAUCUUUAAAAAAUCUUGCUGUUAUUUUUUUUUUUUUUUUUUUUUUUUUAGGUAAUUAUGUUAAGUAACUUAUUUUGCUUGUACAAAAAGUGGAUAUUUAUUACCAUUGUACAUAUGCCCUUAUUUUUUAUAUAUGUAUAUAUCAACAGAAAAUAAAAGUAGAGAUCAGUUC